GGAUGCGCUGCGCGCGCGGCCCGGGUUUUUUACCGCAAUGCAUCAGAGCGAGCGUCAUUGGGAACUGCGCAGAAUGGCGUUGUACACCGACAGAACUGCGUUUACCGAUCACACGCGCCCGUCUGAUGCCUGAGGAGUGCACUGCGGAGGCAAGUGACCGUCUGCAUGACCGCUGCGUGGGAAUGUGUUAAAAUGAACGUGUAUCCGGAGCGCGCUUUAUUAAGAUAAUUCAUGUCAAAGAUGCGCAGAUGAUCUAAACAGAGCUGCUGUUGAUCUCAGGACACUGCUUUGAUUUUAUAGAGUCGGUAAGAAAGAGAGUCGGGGCCCUCGGCGGAUUCAGGAGCCGCUGGCCCGGUUCUGCACUAAACCUCUUUCGGAUGCUGCUGGGUCACAUGACUCUUCUGAAGCUCUGCUGAGGGGACAUGAAGAUCCAGCUCUAGAGGACAGAGAGAGAGAGAGAGAGAGUUUAUCUGCUGUGAUGAUGAUGAUGAAGAUGAAGAGACGCCUGCUGCUCCUGUGUGUGUUCUGCUCGUUCUGCGUGUCUCUCUGCAGCGGAGCGUGUGCCGAGGUGGACUCAGACACCGAAGCUGUGGCCGGACAGCCCUUCAAACUGGGAUGCAUCUCCUGUAAGAUGCGCGGAGAGGUGGAGGCCUCGGCCACCGUGGACUGGCUGUUCAGAGCCAGAGGAGAAGCAGACUUCGUGCAUAUCUACAGCUACGACGGCGAGGCGUCCAGCAUCAUCGACGAACGCUUUCAGGACCGCAUGGAGUGGCACGGCAGCAAGAAGACCUUUGACCUCCAGGACGCGUCUGUAGACCUCCUGAACGUCACCUUCAACGACUCCGGCGUCUACCGCUGCAUCUUCAACCGAGUGCUGACCUACGAACACUACGAGUUCUCCACCACCGCCAGCAAAGAGGUGCACCUCACCGUCGUGGCCAAAGCCACGCGGGGCACGGCGUCCAUCGUGUCAGAGGUCAUGAUGUACGUGUCCAUCAUCGGCCUGCAGCUCUGGCUCCUGGUGGAGAUGAUCUACUGCUACAGGAAGAUCGCCGCGGCCGGAGAGGAAGCGCUCAGAGCCAGCGCAGCGGAGUAUCUGGCGAUCGCGUCCGAGAGCAAAGACAACUGCGCUGGUGUACAGGUAGCUGAAUGAGUUAACUAGCACAGGUUCCUCCGGGACGCUCUUCCUUCUGAAUUGUUGUCACUGUCUCUGCUUUUAUAAACGUUUCUUUCCUCUUGACCUGAUCUCCUGCGCAUGACCUUUAUAUGCUAUGCAUGGAUCACCCCCUCACAAUCCACAGCAAUACUCUAGAGACACAAUACUCUGGUUUUGCACUAGAGAUCAGUAAAGAGCAAGCCAUCUUUGUUGAUCUUGCUACAUACUUAUAUCUCUCUCUAUAUAUAUAUAUAUAUGUAUCUAUACUAUAAGACCAACUGAGAGCCAAACGCCAUGCAAUGCUACGGUUGCAUGAGCUGAACGUGAAUGUGAAUGCAAACACAAUUUCUAUACGGGAUGAAACUCAUCGCUAUAAACGACGAGCUCAAGAGAGUUUCUAACUCGUCGUUGUUGUAUAAUCCAAGUGCAAUAUGAGAAUCAGACUCUAGCUCUUGAAUGUAGCAAGCACUCACUGAAUGUGAGAAAUGCAUUGUGGGUAAGUGGAUUAAGACACCCGAUCGCUCGUCCUGUCCUGCUGUGUACCGUUUUAAUGCAUGCCCACACUGCAGACGAUCCAGUAACAAACCUACUCGCCCCACAUAGGCCCUUUCUGUCAGAUGCGCCUGAUAUAAUGUGAGGAUCUGUGGGAAUGCAAGGCUGGUGGGCGGGAGUGCGGAGAGAGAGAAAUGUCAAAUUAAAUGAGUGCAAAUGA